AACAACAACAAUAAUGCAUACCGAUAAUGGAGAAAAGCAUCCAAAUAAAAGAAAAGCAUCCAAAUAAAAGAAGAAGAUAAAUAAUAAUGAAGAAGAGAAACAACAACAAUAAGCAUAACGAUAAUGGGAGAAAAGCAUCCAAAAGCAAGAGAGAGGAAAGAGAGCGCGGGGCUGCCCCAUAUUUCACAUGAGAAAAACCUUUUAAUGCUUAAUUUAUUUUUUAUGUACCCCUACUCAAUAAUUAUAAAUUAAAAAACCUAUAUUUAUUUUGAAACUUUUCUACCAGCCCCUAAUUUCAUUGGCCCAGGCAAAUCAAUAAUCUAUUCAUUGUCAAAAGAAAAGAGAGUCGAGAAAUGGAGAGGAGAGAAGGCGAAGAAACGGUUGUUGCAGAAAAUGGAUCAACUCAGGAGAACCCAAAAGACGGUUCGAUUUGUGGGUUUGACUCUCUUCAUCGUCUCCUUCAAGCUUCUCUCAGCCCCCAACUUUUCCAGGAAGUCAGUCGCAUGCUUCUUGGGCUAAAUUGUGGAAAGGAAGUUGAGCCCAUCACUCUUCAACGGCCUAUCAAAGCUCUCUCUUCUAAACACAAUUUUGAUCUUCAGGCUUUUAGCUUUUCUGCGGACAGAGAGUCACUGAGAGGACCUCGGAUUGUGAGGGUUGGACUCAUUCAGAAUUCUGUUGCUCUACCCACAACUGCACCUUUCCUGAACCAAAGGGAGGGCAUCUUUCAAAAGUUGAUUCCCAUGAUUGAUGCUGCAGGUUCUUCAGGGGUCAACAUUCUAUGCUUGCAAGAGGCAUGGACGAUGCCAUUUGCAUUUUGUACUCGUGAGAAAAAAUGGUGUGAAUUUGCUGAGCAGAUUGAUGGAGAAUCAACAAGUUUUCUUCAGCAAUUUGCACAAAAAUAUAACAUGGUUAUCAUUAGUCCAAUUCUUGAGAGGGAUUUGAACCAUGGAGAAACCCUGUGGAACACAGCAGUAAUAAUUGGAAAUCAUGGUAACAUAAUAGGGAAACAUCGGAAGAAUCAUAUACCUAGAGUUGGGGACUUCAACGAGAGUACAUAUUACAUGGAAGGGAACACUAGCCAUCCCGUGUUUGAGACAGCAUAUGGCAAGAUUGCUGUUAAUAUAUGUUAUGGAAGGCACCAUCCACUGAACUGGUUAGCUUUUGGGUUAAAUGGUGCAGAGAUUGUUUUCAACCCAUCAGCUACUGUUGGUGAACUUAGUGAACCAAUGUGGCCCAUAGAGGCUCGCAAUGCAGCAAUAGCAAAUAGUUAUUUUGUUGGUUCAAUUAACCGUGUCGGAACAGAAGUUUUCCCCCAUCCCUUCACUUCAGGAGAUGGAAAGCCACAACAUUCAAAUUUUGGGCAUUUCUAUGGUUCCAGUCAUUUUUCUGCACCAGAUGCAUCGUGUACACCAUCUCUGUCCCGUUGCAAGGAUGGAUUGUUGAUAUCUGACAUGGAUCUCAACCUUUGCCGGCAGCUGAAGGACAAGUGGGGAUUUCGAAUGACUGCUCGUUAUGAAGUCUAUUCUGAUCUGCUUGCUCGUUAUAUGAAACAGGAUUUUGAGCCACAAGUCAUUUCUGACCCCUUGUUACAUAAGAGUGCUCAAGUUCUGCCUUGAUCAUUUAGAAAGAAAAGCAAGUAAAAUUGCUUUCGGACUAUCUGUAAAGUAUCCCAGAGUUUGCAAGGUAUGGCCAUGAAGUGUACGUUCAAGAACAUAUUUGCAAUAAAUUGUGGACUUUGUACAAAUACUGAAUUCAUAGUGGUGUUAACAUCAUCAACAUGGACUAACUACAUGCCUGUGGAAAGAUCUCACGGGUGUAAUAGGUAAUAUUAGAAUGCAAUUGUGUUGAAACAAGGGAGUGAGUAUUAAUCAGUAAGGUUAAGGAUCCUUUUAAAAAAAAUGGUUAAAAGAGCCUAACUGGCAUUUCUACUCUUUCUGUUUUGA